AUGCCUCCAUCAGUACACACGACAAAACUAAUCUCAACCCUCCGCCUCUUAAUCCCCCGUCUCCGCCUCCUACAGAAAAAGGACACGGCGUCCUCCGUCGCGCAGCGCCGGGAACUCGCGCACCUCCUCGACGAAGGCCGGGAAGCGUCGGCGCGCAUCCGGGUCGAAAAUGUCAUCACCACGGACAUCGGCGUGGAGGCCAUGGAGAUGGUAGAGCUUUAUUGCGAAUUGUUACUGGCUAGGGCGAAUGUGUUGGAUCAGUUGGCUUUUGGGGAGAAGGGGGCUGAGUUGAGAAGGGAGGGGGCGGUUCACCGAAUUCAUCAUGCUGCUGGGUCGUUGGGGCCUCGGUCUGUGUCUGUGAAGACGGGGGGUUCUCCUUCUGGUCGUCGGGAUAAAAGUGAUCAGGCGCAGACAAGGGGAGGGGGUUAUUCGGGUUCUCAUUCUUUGGAGGGGGUGGGGGAAGGAGAGUCUGAAAGAACAACAGGAGGGAAAUGA